AUGGAUCGUUUAGCAGUUUUGCAAUUCGCUUUACUUUUACUUGCUGUACCUUUACAAUAUUUUAUUUUAACCAAAUGGUCUGCAAAAGAUAUUGAGCAAACACAAGCGGUUAAUAAGUUGACAAACCAAAUUAAUCAAAUCAUUCAUUAUUUAUCACCAAACACAUGGCUCAAUUGGAUGCUCAGCUUGGUUGUUGAGAUUCCGCUCGGAUUUAAUCCACUCUUACACAAAAGAUCAUGGCGUCGCGGCAUUGAAUCUCCUGCAACUGAGGUGUAUUUCGUCAGAGAGAAAUAUGGAUACUUUGGAACUUCACCAAAUAUUCGAUCACCUCGAUCGGAAUAUGUCAAAUUUCAUGUUGGGCAGGUAAUUCGACAUAAACUUUACGGUUAUCGUGCAGUUAUUAUCGGCUGGGAUGAAAUCGCUUCUGCACCUGACGAAUGGCUAGACGAGCACCAUCAAGGACAUCCAGAAUACCGAACGCAGCCAAACUAUUCAGUUCUACUCGAUACAAGAGACCGUCGAACUCAUAAGACAUACAUACCACAAGAACAUAUCGAAGUGAUUAAAAAUACUAAAAUUGUCAAUGCACAACUAAGUGACUAUUUCACGUUUUUCGAUGGUAGCCAAUACAUCAUGCAACAAUGAUGUGAGUUAGUAGAACAAUUGAAAAAGCGUCCAGAUCUUUUACCCUCGAAUGUGCAACUAUUUAUACCAACAGAACUUCGAAACAAAAACGAAAAAAACAAUCAUAUUCUUAAAAAUAACUCAUUCAAUAAUCAAAUACAACAUUCUCAACAACAGCAACAUAUUCAACUACAGCAAACCUAUUCUUACGAUGCUAAUGAAUGGCCAAAAUUGAAUGGAAUCACAAGAAAUACUACAUCGUCAUUGAUGAAAUGGACUCCUUUAUCUACAGAAACUAAUGCAUUAUCGAAUGAAAUGAUUAAAGCACAAAGUGAUUUAGAUAUGCUGAAAAAAAGAUACGAACAACAAGAAAAAAAUCUUACAUUAAAACUAAGUGAACAAAGAUUACAACUAGGAACAAUUCUAUCGUUAUUAUUGGUACAAGUUCAACAACAACACGAGAGUUUAAAUUCACUAUUUUCAGUUAUGAAAGAAGUCGUACCAUUGGUCACAAAUUCUUUGGCUAUAUGUCAAAUACUUGCUACAAAAACAAUCCAAUCGACAUCCGAUCUGAGUGAAAAAUACAAUCUUGAAUUACUUGUACAACAAGUACAAACUCCAAUCAGCUGUGUCAAUAAUCAAAAUGAUCUUAUCAAUAAUAAACAACUGGAAUUACUUAACUAUUUUGCGAAGAACAAUGAAAUGAUGAAACGUGGAAUUGAAUUAUUAUCAACAGGUAAUGAACAAUGA